GGGGAGAGAGAGGGAGAGGCAGGAAGAGGGCGUGGGGAGUAGAGCAAAUUUAGGCUGACAAGAGAGUGUGGCAGGCCCCAUCGUGAGGAUUAACCCGGACGAGCUCCACUGCUCCGACCCGUACUUCACCGACCAGAUCUACGCCGGGCCGGGCCGGAUCCGCGACAAGUGGCAACACCAGCUCAACACGGGCGGCGCCGGUCCCGUCUCGGUGACGGGCUUUUCGACGGUGCCGCACGAGCUACACCGGAUGCGCAAGGGCGCCAUCUCGCGCUUCUUCUCGCGCAACCAGAUGCUCAAGCUCGAGGGCGAGGUCUUGGACAUGGCUCAGAUGGUGGCCGACAAGAUGCUCUCCUGGGCCGGCAAGGGGCCCUUCGACGUCAAGGAGGCCUUCAACUGCUUCACCGCCGACGUCAUCUCGCAGUACGCCUUCGGCGAGCCCAUGGGCUUCGUCGCCCAGGAGGGCUGGGAGCCCAACUUUGCCACCUGGGUCAAGUCCUUCCUCCGGAGCGCCUACAUGAUGCGUCACAACGUCGUCGCCCGCAAGCUGGCCCAGGUGAUGCCCAUCAUGGCCGACUACCUCGGCGAGGACGUCAAGACGGUCAUGCGGCAGAUGAACGUCGUCAUCCCCGGCUACAUCCGGGCCGCCCUCAGCAACCCGGAAAAGGGCCGCGUCUUUGCCGAGCUGGUCCAGUCCGACCUGCUGCCCGAGGAGGAGAAGACCAUGUACCGUCUCUCCGGCGAGGGCUUCAACUUUUUGCUCGCCGGGACCGAGACCACCGCGGCCACGCUCACCGUCAUCACGUACUACCUCCUCUCCCAGCCGGAGAUGUACAAGCGCCUGAUGGAGGACCUCGAGGGCCUGGACCCGGCCAAGCUCAAGUGGACCGAGCUGGAGCAGCGACCGUACCUGUGGGCCAUCGUGCACGAGUCGCUGCGCGUCAUGCCGGGCGUCUCGCACCGCUCGGCCCGCAUCGCCCGCGACGAGGACCUCGUCUACCGCACCCGCGACGGCAAGAAGGAGUGGGUCAUCCCCCGCGGAACCCCGAUCGGCAUGACCUCCAUGAUCAACCACUGGGACCCGGAGCUCUUCCCGGAUCCGGACGAGUUCAAGCCCGAGCGCUGGCUCGUCGACGGCCAGCCAAACCACAAGCUGCAGAAGUUCCUCAUCGCCUUUGGCAAGGGAAGCCGGUCCUGCAUCGGCGAGAACCUGGCGUACUGCGAGGUCUACCUCAUGGCAGCCAUCAUGGCCAUCCGCGUCCUCCCCCGCGCGAAGCUGCACGAGACCACGGUGGAGGAUAUCUCGUAUGACCACGACAUGAUCGUCGUUCAGACCAAGAAAGGGUCCAUCUCGGUUCGCAUCAAGAUCGAGUGAAGGGGGGGAGAGAGGGUGUAGGAUUACCGGGCCUUUUUUUGCAGGGGUUGCGGGCAGAGUAGGCAGGCCCGCUCAGGGAGUGCUUGGAAACAGAAUAUGGACCUGCAGAUACCCAAGGUUCCUAGCAAGGGGGCGCGUCAUUUGUGGAAAACUACCUUAACUGAUCAUUACAUGACUCUACCUUAGUACGUAAUAGGGGGAUAAUACUCUCCGUGCCUGCGUUAGCACCUGGAGCUGCACUUGGUUGUGGACUCAAUUGGUGCUCAAUAAUGCUUGGGCUGGAUUGGAUCUGACGAGUUCCUAGGUGCGCCAUUGUCG